AUGGUCUGCGCUAAUAUGUCUUGUAAAGAAAAACUAGAGCUGCUGGUAAUAGGCAAAUCUAGGAAACCACGAUGUUUCAAGGGAGUCAAGUCUAUACCAGUGCUUUACGAGAGCAAUAAAAAAGCUUGGAUGACCUGUUCAGUAUAUGAAGACUGGCUUCAUAAAAUUGAUCACAAGUUUCAAAGAGAAAAUCGGAAAGUUCUCCCACUUGUGGAUAAUUGUCCCGCUCAUCCAAAAGUCUUGAUUCAAACUUUAAAAGCCAUAAAGGUGGUUCACAUACCACCAAAUUUAACUGCCAAAAUGCAACCAAUGGAUCAAGGAAUCAUUCAGAACCUUAAAGUGAAUUACCGGCAGAGAAUUAUAAAAAGAUUGCUCAAGGCUUCGGAUAAAAAAAUGUGGUUGACUGAUUUGAAUUUAUUGGAUGCUAUUUUCGACUUGAACGAAGCUUGGGCUGAUGUCACUAGUGAUAUAAUUGCGAAUUGCUUUCAGAAGGCCAGCUUCGUGAAAACUGACGUGGAAAAUCUUGCAACACAAGAACAAGACGAAAUGUUCUACAAUGAUCUACAAAGAAUGUUGGGCUUCACAGAAGUAACUAUCGAAUAUUUCAUUAAUGUAGACACUAAUGUCAUUAUUGCUAAUGAACCUACAGAUAGUGAGAUAUUGAAUAGUAUAAAGGCACAAGGGCCUUAA